AUGAAUGGGUUCAGCACCGAGGAGGACAGCCGGGACGGGCCGCCCGCCGCCCCCUUUUACGGCCAGAGCUGCUGCCUCAUCGACGACGGUGAUCGCUGCGCGCGGCCCGCGGGCAAUGCGUCCUUCAGCAAGAGGAUCCAGAAGAGCAUCUCGCAGAAGAAGCUGAAGCUGGACAUCGACAAAAGCGUGAGACAUCUGUAUAUAUGUGAUUUUCACAAGAAUUUUAUUCAAAGUGUCCGAAACAAACGGAAAAGGAAGACAAGUGAUGAUGGAGGCGACUCUCCUGAGCACGAGACGGACGUCCCGGAGGUUGACUUGUUCCAGCUCCAAGUGAACACUCUGCGACGUUACAAGAGACAUUAUAAGCUGCAGACCAGGCCUGGACUCAACAAGGCUCAGCUGGCAGAAACUGUCAGUCGACACUUCAGGAAUAUUCCUGUGAAUGAGAAAGAGACUCUGGCUUAUUUCAUCUAUAUGGUGAAGAACAACAAGAGCAGGCUGGACCAGAAAUCAGAAAGUAGCAAGCAACUAGAAUGAAGAGUAACAAGACCUGGAAUAGGAGAGAUCUUGAAGGAACACGUGGUAUUGUGCUUUUUAGAUAUAUAAAAACUUUUGAAGUAUAUUGUAAUUUUUUUUUUUCUAAUGCAGUAAAUCUGGAAGAUGGAAAAGUAUAGACAGUUCUUAUCAGGAAUAUUUGAGAACAUGUGCACACCAUUUUUCUGAAGACUUCUCAUUUAAAACUCACGUUGGAAUAAAGCAAUGACAAUAACAAGGAAACAGAGUAAACUUAGGACUGCGGAAUCUGUUAACGUUGUGUUCUAAAAUCUUUCUGGAAAUCUACAUCUCAAUGCAAUUUAGGUCACGGAUGGGGUUUUUUCCCCUGAAUUCAGCUGUCUCACCAAACGCCAUGCAGUUUGUUUUCAUGCAGGACUGGAAUAGCAGCAGAGAUGAAAUGCAUUGUCGAGGUGCGUGGCUCAGCAGUUUGUCUGAAGCUUGCUCCCCACAUACACGUGCUCUGUCUUGCCUUGAGGCAGUGCUUCAAGUCUCAAACUUCUAUGAAUGCUCCAGCUCACCAACUCUGCUCCACUGAACUACUCAACUAGACUGAAAAUUGAUUUAUUUUUUUUUUUUUAAUCUUCCCUUUCCCCCCCUCCCCCCAAAAUGGAAGCCAAACAACUUUCUGGAAUCUCUUUUUUCCAUUUUUUUAUUUUUUUUAAUUUAAGAACUCACUUCUUAAUUAUCUAUAAGCAUUUAAGGAAUUUUGCAGCUCCUCAGAAUGUGGUAUCAAGGCAAAUUUGCUGGGAAUGAUCAUGUUGGUAGAAAUGCUCUUUCACUUCACUUCUGUCUGUUUCCCUUGUAUUCAAGACUUAAUGAUAGCAGGUGAAACAGUGGGUUGUUAAGACGUCCGUCUCUUAAGCUCUAUGCCAGAUCAGGUAUCAAUCAGAAGCAGUGUGACUUUUAUACUGACGCUGGUCUUUAACAGGUGUCACAAAACUGCAGUGUGGGUCAGUGUGCUCUGCUUGGUGUGAAUCAGACUUCAGCUAAUGGAUGUAGCACAGUAACCAAGGCGAUGAACUGGCUGGAGAGUGGUGCAUUUCAUCUGUCUCUGUGAAUGAGCAGAAGUAUGAAAGCACUUUUCUCUUGUGAGCGUUACUUGUGCUUUGCUAAGAGUUCUGUGACCUGGAGGGUGGAUUGCUGGUGCUCACAAACAGUGCUGUAGACAGAAAUAUCUCUGGUUUUGUUAUUUAAAGCCAACGUGUCCUUAUAAACAACACAGUAGUUAUUUUGGCUAAAGGAGCUGAUGAAAUUGUUGGUCACGUCUGCCUGCUCUCCAGUGACCUCAAGUUCUAUACAAGGGGAUCUGCUGUAAAGCACCGCUCUGUGUUCAUGCUGUCCUAACCAUUGUCUCCAUUCUGUCGCAAGAUGCCAAGACUCCACACACAGAGUAUAUUCUCAACAAGCCUUAAGCACUGAACUCAACAGUUGAAAACAUUGGCUAGCAUUUUAGUCACCCGAAUCUAGACCAUGCUGUGUUGAAGAACAGAACACACGGUCGCAGUCCCAGCUUGACGCUGCGUCAGAUGUUUUGUAAGGCACGAGUGAAGCUCUCCCAAGGUCUCUAAAAAAUCAAGUCACAAUUUAAAGCAAGGUGUCCACAUCAGCUUUGAAUGGUGUGCUAAAAGUCUAAGGAGAUGUUAAAUGAGCUUCAGCAUGUAUAAGUUCUGUGUCAUAGCCAGACGUAACCUGUUAUGCUACGUGCCCCAGUUGUGAAGUUUUGGGAGCGUGGUGAUUUCAGCAUUUCCUCGUUCAGUUUGGUGUGAAACCGAAGAACAUGGAAUAGAAGUGCUCAGAGAAUGAGGAGAGAAUGUCAAGUACUGGUAUUUUGUGAAUGUCUCAAAAUUUCUGACUUAUGGUGAUCCUUACUGGAAGGAUGGAGCAGCUCCCACAUCAGUCAAUGAGAUCUGGCUUCUCUCAUUCAGGACAGAUAGCUAGAAGGGUAUUUUCUCUGACUGCGUGUUAAUAUUCAAAGUGCUCACGUAGUCAGAGGAUGUUAUUAAGAGAAAAUGAGUUUCUGAGUUGAGAGUUAUGCCUCAGUGUAACUUGUAGACCAAAACUGUAUAAAAAAAAAAAAAAAGUGUAGUUUGUUUGGGGUUUCUUGUUAUUUGUUUUAUUUCUAGGACUAAAUACAUCUGUUGGGGUGUUUUAGCAGCCAGCAGCAAAAUGAUUCUUUUUGAGGAAAUAUGGUGGCAGGUUCCAUCUGUUCAGGUGUAUUCACUGGAAUGCUUUAUGCAGAGGUGGUAUCCAGGAAUUUGUUUUAUUUUAUUUUUUUUCUGAAAAUAGUCAAUUGAUGUGAAAUGUGAUCCUUGGUUUCGCUCUUAAGCAAUCAUACUUUUUUGGAAAACUAAUAAUAAUAGUGAUAUGUGAUGAUGAAGUGAUGUUUACCAGCCAUUAGCAGUUGUUUAUAAGGUGGAAGACUUAGGGGCAAGAUACCAAAAACCAACCAAACAAACAAAAACCCCAAAAGAAUCUUUGGCUGUCAGACCCCAUAGCCUUAUAAAUCCUUGCGAAUGCCUUAUUGCCUUGUUCUCAACUUAGCUAGAGCAAAACGCCUUGAGCAAAUGAAAGCUGAUGUCUUGUUGGAAGGGUUGGCCACUUUCUGGCUGCCACGCUAUAAACUGAACUCACAUGUCAAUUCAGUAGCAAUAUCCAUGUUCAGGGUGCCUGUGAUUCUUGAAAAGCAUUUAGUGUCUAAUAACCAGAGAACGCAACAAUGCAAUUGUCAUUCUGUACAAUACCAUUCUGUGUAUCUGAUUCCUUAUGCUGCAUGCCAAUUAAAAAACUUUCCAACUCUUUUUUUUUUUUUUUUUUUUUUUUAAUUUCAAAGUAAAUGUGUUUGAACCUCACACUUAUGAAGCCAUGAGGUUUUCGUAGCACUUUUAGAUGAGACUUGUUGGAAAGGCGGAAGACCCAGAUGGCUUUGGCUGGUAUGACAUCUGGUGGGUGGUGGUGGUUGUUUUUUUGCCUCUUUCACAUUUUGCUUUUCACAGUUGGGCCUUAAAUUCUGUCUAGCUUUGAACCAUGGAGCACAAGCCUUGGGGCAUGGGGGAUGACCGUAUGUCAUUCUCCAUUUAUGAUAGAGUGGAAGCUUAUUUCUUACAAGCCUGCAUAGGAGAUGUUCACCCAGGGGUAGAGAACUGUCUUUGAAGCCCUCCAGCCAUUACCUAGCCUAACUCAAUUCCAUAGCCUAAUUCAACCCUUGUUGAAGAGCUGCAUCAACUUCAUUAGACCUCUGAUCAGAUCCAAAUCCAUUAAUAUGAAAUCCAAAUAAUGCAGAAACAUCUCUACCAGAGUUAAUUUUAUCAUGUGUGCAGACCCUCUGCUCUCUUUAAGGGAAGAAGAAGAAAUAAUUACUGGUAGCUGUUGGCUUGAGCUCCACUCAAGGGAGUUUGAAACGUGAAGAGUGAGGUCAGCAACAAUCUGGUGGCUGAGAAGUGCGUGCAUUUCCAAGGAGGCUGGGUUAGAAUGAAGUUUUUGUAACACUUUGCCUCACAAAGAGUAUUGUAUAUCAACCUGAAGUAAGCAAUUGCAUUAAAAGCUGAUGUUUCUUUUGACAGGCACUUUAGAUGUUCAGACUAAAAAGCAGAGAGGACAGGCUUGCACUGCUUGGCCCCAAAACUCUGGUGUCCCAGUUUUCCUCAGAAGUGUGGCUGUAAACCACCAGAUUCCAUGGUGUACAAAGUUUGAUCUAAACAUGUUGUCUGACAUUUUAAAGUUGAUCUUACGUACAAGAAGAUCGUGAGCCAAAAUAAUCCAUAGUAAAUGCAUGCUUUCAAGCACAUCGUGAUAGCAAGGAGAAAAAAAAAAACAACAGGACACAGCCCAUGUAAAAGGCUGAGCAAAACACGCUUCCACAGUUAGCAAGGUGGGGGAAGACUCUUUCUGUGUUAACUCUAGUAAUGGAUGUUUUAUGAGAGGGGAAGGAGGGGGAGCUGUGCACUUUACGUCUUUUGGUUGAGCCAAAUGUAAAUACCAAUGGGAGAUCUUCAGCAGUAACUGCAGUUGGAGGGAAGAGAAAUGGUCUGCUGGAGGACUGUUUAUUUAAAUUGGCAGAUCAUUAUACUUCCCUAGAGCACUAGCGUCACUUUGCUUCUACAGUUUAACAGAGUGGGUGAUAGGAGGUGGUCUCCCUACCACAAGGAGUCCUUGCACUGCCCACAGCGUCGACUGCAGAGUCCUAAAGGUGAAGGAAUGUUAUUGAUGCCUCACUCCUCUUGUCACUGAUGUCCUUUAGCCAUCUCUAGCUUACCAAGUUAGGGGAGAUCUCAUUUUCCACUUCCAAAGCGCAAACAGUUAGGAUGUAAGAUGCUCCUUGCACUUCUCACAGCUGUCCCUGAUCUCGUGUUUUUGACUUGGCUGUGAGCACGUCUGUUAGAAAUGCAUGAAAUGGUUGAAGAAAAUGUGGGGAGUAGUGGGGGGCUUCUGCCUUAAACCCAAACUUCCCUCACAAGCAUCUCUGCAGGCCAUGCUGUACACCUCCAGCAUCUCCCAGCUGCACCCUGGCAGAGUUGGGUUGGUUCCUGUCCUGCCCAGCACUGGGUGCAGGGGAGGUGAACAGCAGGUAACUCACAGAAUGGCUUGGAGUCUUUCAGUGGCUAACUGGGAGAGGAAAACUGUGUUCUCUCUUCUGUUUCUGGCCUCCAUGUGUUGUGCUGAUAUUAUGCCAAAUGUUUUGGACACCUUGUAUUUUUAACUGUGUAAUAUAGCUGUGUAUUGUUAAAGCUACUUAGUAACUUAUAGCAAAAUUGUAGAACUCAUUUCUCUGAGGUGUAGGAAAUGUCCUGCUUCCACUGUGUAUAAGACUAUAAAUCUAUACUGUCUGACAGAGAUGAAAUGCUGAAUUUCACUUUAAUAAAUGAUCUAUCUAGCAAAAA